CUUACCGCACCUGGGCAGCAUGCUCGGGGUCCUGCUGCUUGGCGUGCUGGCCCCCGCCGGCCUGGGGAUCCCGACACCAGCAGAACCGCAACCCCGUGGCAGCCAGUGCGUCGAGCACGACUGCUUCGCUCUUUUCCGGGGCCCUGCGACCUUCCUUGCUGCUAGCCAGGUCUGCGAGCGCCUCCAGGGUCACCUGAUGACCGUGCGUUCCUCGGUGGCUGCCGAUGUCAUCUCCCUGCUGCUGAAUAGUGAUGGCGGUGACAGCCCACGCCUCUGGAUCGGCCUGAAACUCCCAGCCGGCUGCAGGGACCCCGGACAUCUCGGGUCCUUGCGCGGCUUCCAGUGGGUUACGGGAGACAAUCGCACCAGCUACAGCAGGUGGGCACGGCUGGAUCACUCCCGGGAGCCCCUGUGCGGCCCGCUGUGCGUCACUGUCUCCGCGGCUGGGGCCUCUGCGCCCGGCGAGCCGGCCUGGCAGGAGCAGCAGUGCGACGCCGAGACCCAUGGCUUCCUCUGCGAGUUCCACUUCCCUACCUCCUGCAGGCCCCUGGAGGUAAAGCAUGGCGCCCAGGCGGCCGCCAGCGUCUCGAUUACCUACAGCACCCCGUUCGGGGCCCGCGGCGCGGACUUUCAGGCACUGCCGGCGGGCAGCACCGCUGCGGUGGCGCCCCUAGGCUUGGAGCUGGUGUGUUCUGCGCCUCCUGGAGCGGCCGGCGAGGCGCGCUGGGUCCGGGAGAAGCCUGGCGCCUGGCCCUGCGGCGUGGAGAACGGCGGCUGUGAGCGCGUGUGCAAUGACAGCUCAGGGGUGCCCAGCUGCUUCUGCCCAGGGGACGCCGCCCUUCAGGCGGACGGGCGUUCCUGUGCUGCAUCUUGCAACGACCUCUGUGAGCACUUGUGCUUCCCCGACCCCAACGUGCCUGGCUCCUACUCAUGCAUGUGUGAGACCGGCUACCAGCUGGCGGCUGACCAGCAUCGGUGCGAGGACGUGGACGACUGUAUGCUCGUGCCCAGUCCGUGCCCACAGCGUUGUAUCAACACGCAGGGUGGCUUCGAGUGCCUCUGCCAUCCUGGCUACGAACUGGUCGAUGGCGAGUGCGUGGAGGCCGUGGACCCCUGCUUUGCAGCCAACUGCGAGUACCAGUGUCAGCCUGUGGGCCCAACGAACUACACCUGUAUUUGCGCCGAGGGAUUCGUGCCCAAGCCACAGGAGCCGAGCAGGUGCCAGAUGUUCUGCAACCAGACUUCAUGUCCAGCCGACUGCGACCCCAACACCCCGGCUGACUGCAAGUGCCCAGAGGGCUACAUCCUGGACGAGGGCUCCGUGUGCACGGACAUUGACGAGUGCUACAACGACUACUGCCACGGCGGCCAGUGCCGCAACCUCCCCGGCUCCUAUGAGUGUGUCUGCGGGCCAGACUCGGUCCUGGCUGGCCAGGUGAGCAAGGACUGUAGCCCCAUCGAGGUGAACGGUCAGAACACUGGCGUUGAGGACGGUGGCUCCGGGGAGAUCCCCGUCAGCCCAACGCCCAGCUCCACCUCAGGCCCCCCUGCAGCCGGGCAAGUGCAUUCAGGCGUGCUUAUGGGCAUCUCCAUCGCCAGCCUGUCCUUGGUGGUGGCACUUUUGGCGCUUCUCUGCCACCUGCGCAAGAAGCAGGGCACUGCGCGGGCCAAGACGGAAUACAAGCCCGCCGCCCCCGCCAAAGAGGCAGCGCUGCAGCAGGUGCGCACCGAGCGGACCCCUCAGACACUCUGACCGGCUCCCUCCCUCCUGGAGGCACGGUGGGUCGGCAGGCCCUUCUCUCCCUCCGGUGCCCCCAGGGCCCCAACUUUACUCCCUGGCUACCCAAACGCACUUUAGCUGGCAUUAGAGUUGGAUGAGACUCCUUUCCCCUCUUCAGGCUGAUUCCAUGCCUCGCUGGGGAGCAGGUGACUGCAAGGGGCUCUUUCCAGGAUGUCACCAAACAACAGUUGAGACAGACCACAGCAUCCCAGUCCAUACCAGGGGGAGGGAGGAGGGGUAGGCAGUAUUGGUUGGCGGCCUUUGGGGCAGACCUAGUGAUGACCAAAAUAUUUAUUUUUUUAAGUAUUUAGGAUUUUUUCCCUUUGCUUCCCCUCCCAUGUGUCCCUACCUGUAAAGUCUCCAAUCUCCAUUUUCCACCCCCCCAUAGAUACAGUUACACACUCAUUUGUCUUGUGACAGUUAAAUUAUCUUGGUGAAUUCCCUCCCCUCCCCAGCUCUCUAGAAUUGAUAAAGCAAGCGGCAUUUCCCUCCUCAUUCCUCCCAGGAAGGGGACCAGCUCAUCCGAGUCACUUUACCUGUGACCGACCCUACUUCUUCCCAUCUUAGCUGUCUGCCCAGGCAGAACUCCUAUGUGAAACAGGAACAAAACACUAAAAAUGAAAGGAGUUGGUCAUUUGCUCUUUCGCCAGAUCUGCUACCUUACCCUGGAAUUUCAGGUUGCUCCAGCAAAAUAAUCUUAAGAAAGGUUAGAAUGUAAAAAGUAUUAGUUAAAUUAAUAUUGCUAGAUUGUUACAGAAAUUAACUCAAGGAGUUUUUCAUCUUUAUUUUAUAAAC